ACGAGGUAGAGGCGUAGAGCUCUCAUCCAGGGUCUCCAAGGCCACUGGCUAGGAUGGAGAUGGACAAAUUCAGCUCGUCGUAUCAGCCGUCGUGGCCACCAGCGCAGGCCACCGUCGACGUCGUCGGGUCGGUGGAGACGUACGCCGCGCGUCAGGAAGAAGAGGUUCUAGGAUGUUCUUGUCAGCUGCAAGCAGAAGGUUGAGGCCUUGGAGGCUAUGGAGACGCCGGCGACGGCGCCGCUUCGGGAAGGUGAGGGUCAGGGGGUUGGUGGUGACGGUGGCGGUGGCCGUGACGCUGGCGGAGGAGGGGAGGAGCUGACGGGAUGAGGCUCGCGCAGCUUCUGGUCGCCUGCGCUGAGGCGGUGGCGCCGUGCUAAGACCGCGUGCAGGCGGCAACGCUGCAGGCCGGCGCGCCGGGCGUUCCAGCGCGUCGCGUCGUUCUUCGUGCAGGAGCUCCUGGACCGGCGAGCAUCCGCCGGCGCUGGGCCCUGCGAGCACGGCGUUCUGCAUCCCGCAGUCGUCGUGCGCGAGGCGUACGCGGAGGGGUUAGGGAUGUACCUCGAGUUCAGAGGAAUCAACCGUGGCCUCGAGAGCCUCCACAUCGACGACCUCGGCGUCGACGCCGACGAGGCCGUCGCCAUCAACAGUGUCCUGGAGCUCCACUCCGUGGUGAAGGAGAGCCGCGGGGCGCUCAACUCGGUGCUCCAGACCAUCCGCAAGCUGUCGCCCAGGGCGUUCGUGCUCGUCGAGCAGGACGCCGGCCACAACGCGCCAUUCUUCCUCGGCCGGUUCAUGGAGGCGCUGCACUACUACGCCGCGCUGUUCGACGCGCUCGACGCGGCGCUCCCGCGCUACGACGCGCGGCGGGCGCGCGUCGAGCAGUUCCACUUCGGCGCGGAGAUCCGCAACGUGGUCGGGUGCGAGGGCGCGGCGCGCGUGGAGCGGCACGAGCGCGCGGACCAGUGGCGCCGCCGCAUGAGCCGCGCGGGGUUCCAGUCGGUGCCGAUCAAGAUGGCGGCCAAGGCGCGGGAGUGGCUGGACGAGAACGCCGGUGGCGACGGGUACACGGUGGCGGACGAGAAGGUCUGCCUGGUUCUUGGCUGGAAGGGGAAGCCGGUCAUCGCCGCCUCGUGCUGGAAAUGCUAGACCGCCGGCAUCCGGUGGCCGGCCGCCGGAGAGAGGUAGACACCGAUGCUGGACGUAAAUAAAGAGCUCGAUCGAGCACCAUUGUCCGACCAUGGAUGAUGGGCAAACACGAUGCUGUUCAAGCCAUUAUAUGAGCAUGAACACUUGUAUAAAUAAGGCCACUGGUUAGAGGCUUGUUGUUUUACAAUUUUGUGUAGGUUCUUAUUGUUUAAUUAGCUCAUCUAACAACAUACACUUAUAUUGUCCUUUUAUUUUCUGUCAAAGUGCAACAUGACACAUCAGGUUUGUGGUGGGCUGCCCUGAACUUUGACUGAAGACGUUUUGUACACUUUGAGGGAGAUGGUUGGAUUUUAUGAUGGAUGAUUAGAAGAUGUUCGGGGGGAUACAAAUUGGGUUUCUUUUGUGUGUUUGGUAAAAAUUUGGCUAUCUUAACCAAACCCUUCGUAUGGAUUCGUUUGUGGGCGAGCCAAACCCUAUAUCCUACUCCCUCCGUCCCAAAAUAUAACAAUUUUAGCACUCAGGAUUUGUCCCAAAAUAUAAUAACUUAUCCAUCAACAUUCUCUUCACAACCAAUCACAAUCCUCCACCAUUUACUUUUCUCACCUAUCUCCACUACUCAUCCAAUCAUA